AAGAAACAAAGAGUCACGUCACUGGGACGACCAGCGCGCAAAACGUCCAGCAAGCAAAGGUAGCUGGGUGAAGACCUCAGCGAAAUCCAAGUGAAAAUCCAAUUAUAGCCUUCUCACCGGAGCCUCUGGGCUGUCUUCUACACACUUGUGUACCUAUUCUUGUCAACAACUUACAGGACCGUCGAAGCGCCACACAACACAGCGGGAUCCUCUGCCCGCCAUGUCCCGAAAGAACACAAAGCCCAGGGAGGGAUCUAGCUCCCGAGAAGACCACGGCAGAGCGUCUAACCAUGCGCGACCCGUAGGAAUCGAUCUGCAGCGUUCGCAGCCCCCUUCCUUCAGGCAUCUUUUCGCCUUCGCAAGUUGGCGCCACAGCGGAAUAUUGGCUGCGGGCCUGGUCGCGUCGCUGCUCGUCGGAGCCAUGAGAGCCGCUUCUGCCAUCCUCAUAGGGAGGAUCUUCGCCGUUGUCGCCGAUUUCGGUUUGGGGCGAUUGGACGGGCCGGGCGCAUAUGCUGAGGUCUCGUCCUGGUGCGUUAUCUUGACGCUGGUCGGGGGAGCGGCCGUUAUUGUCAAUUUUGCCUUUAUGUUUCUCUGGUCCGUCUUCAGCGAGAUACAAGCCAGAAACAUCCGCCGCGGAGUAUUCGGCGCCUUGCUCACCAAGGACAUCGGCUGGUUCGAUCGUCAGGAAGAAGGGAUACCUAGUUUGCUGGUGAAAAUCCAAACUCAGAUCAGAGAGCUUCAAGUAGCGUCUUCUGCAACUCUCGGGUCUAUCGUAGCGGAGAUCGCCACGUCCGUUGCCAACCUCAUCGUCGCCUUUUACGGCUCGUGGAAACUCACGCUCGUGCUCCUCGCUACGGUCCCCGCCAUCGUAUUGUUUCCUGCUUGGCUGAGCGGCAAGCUGAACCGGGCUAUACAGGCACAGAAGCAAGAUAUAGGACGAGCAGCCAAGCACGCGAUAUCAGCCUUGACCGCCGUGGACAUCGUCAAAACCUUCAACGCCGUGGACCACGAAGUCUGGCAGUAUCUCCAAGCGAUCCGAAGAUCCAUGGACUCCUAUCUCGCGCUGGCUAGGACGAGCGCGUGGCAAAUCAGCUAUAUACGGCUAUGGCUGGACGGGAUAUUCGUGCUGGGAUUUUACUACGGCGCCGUCCUGGUAAACCAAGGGCUCAACCCGGGGAGCGUCGUGACGGCUUUCUACGCGGCCCUCGGCGCUCUGCAGGCCAUCUACACCAUCGCGCCCGUGUAUGUCUCCCUGGCAAGGGGGAUGGCCGCCGGUCAGGAACUUGAUUCGAUAGCUCACAACAUCGAAGGCGGACGAAGGAUAUAUCAAAUGAUGGGCAGCUAUCGCCCGAUCGACUGUGCUGGGAAAAUUGAAAUUAACGACGUUAGCUUUGCGUACCCAUCAAAUCCGACCCAGCAAGUCCUCAGCAGAUGCUCCUUUGCCUUCGAUCGGGACCAGCUAUAUUUUAUCAUCGGGCGUAGCGGCUCGGGGAAAAGCACCUUGGGUAAUCUUCUAGCGAAGUUUUACGAGCCUCUCAGCGGUAAUAUAUUGAUAGACGGCCACGCGCUCAAGACCUUGGACUCCGAGUGGGUAAGGCACAAUGUCACCCUCAUUCAGCAGUCGAGCGUCCUCUUCAACGAUACCAUUUAUGCCAACGUGGCCAUGGGCCACAGAACCCCUCACGAAGUAUCUAGGAGAGGAGUCGAAGCCGCGUGCAAGGCGGCUCUGCUACAGUCCAUGCUGAUAGAGCUUCCCAACGGCUUGGAUACCUACGUAGGGACCGGCGGCAUCAGCCUGAGCGGCGGCCAAAAGCAACGAUUAGCGGUAGCGAGAGCAAGGAUACGCGAUCCGCCGGUCCUCAUACUCGACGAAGUUACAAGCGGGCUCGACCCGACAAAUCGAGGCCUUCUUAUGGACGGGAUCAGACAAUGGCGACGAGGAAAGACGACCAUCAUCAUCACCCACGAAGUAGCGCAGAUAGAUAGCGAAGAUUACGCCUACGUCAUGGAGGACGCGCGAGUCGUACAGGCGGGCUUCCGUCGGGAUCUGCAGAGGCAGAAAGACGGUAUGUUUGCUACUUUGGCGUCUUCGGCAUCAAGCGACGAAGUUGGGUUAGAUCAGAAAACUACCGCGAACGAACCGAGAAACAACAAGCCAAGCGCUGCGGUCGGCCCGUUGGCCCCUAAGACGGCCGCGUCGCAGGACCUUACUUCUCCGGGCUACGUUUGGCCUUUUGGAGGCCCGGACGCUAUCCAUAUCCAUAGGGGGAGCAUGACGCCAGACCUAGGAGCCUCGGUCAUCCAGGCUCAGCUGUUUCGUAUCAGGAAAGAAGAAAAGGAGUCUACCCGAUGGAGCGUCUUGGAUACUCCCGGAACGCUUCUAGGAACGCCCCUAGGAACGCUCAAUCCCUCACGCAGAAUGCUCUCGACCCUGUGGUGGCCUGAUCAGUACCAUCUCUUUCAUAGCGAGUCGAACCAGAAAAGGCCUCUCAGCAGAAAUAGCAUACUGCACCUCCAAGAACUGGGAAACACGGUGAGGAAAACCCGCAGCCUUGCUGGUAAGAACCGGCGGCGCGUCCCAACGAUCACCGCCGAAGAUAAUUCCGGGACUCGCGGCAGCGAUAAGCCUCAGACGUUAUCCUUAUGGGCUAUCUACAAGACGGUCUGGCCGCGGUUGGCCACGAAGGAGAGGAUGUUCCUCAUCGUGGGAUUCCUCACAUGCAUCGUACUGGCGGGCUUGGUCCCGGCUUUUUCAGUCUUAUUCGCAAACCUCCUGGCGGUCCUCUUUUCGAGCGGAGACAAGAUGGCCGCCGGGCAGAAAUGGGCGUUGUGCCUCUUGGCCGUCGCCUGCACAAGAGCAGCGGCAACGUACCUCAACCAAUAUUUAAUGCAGAGAGCGGGACAGGCUUGGGUAAACUCCCUGCGUAUCAGAGCGCUGAAUAGGGCGUUGCGACAGCCCAGAUCGUGGUUUGACGAUCCGGCGAAUUCUGCCGUGAGGAUCAACGAGUGCAUGGACAGAUACGCGGAGGAGAUGAGAAACCUCGUCGGGCGCUUCGCCCCGCAGCUCUUGCUGGUUGUCAUCAUGGUCCUCAGCACGAUUGCGUGGGCGCUGGUCAUCUCGUGGCGGCUCACGCUAGUAAGCCUCGCCAGCGCGCCAGUCUUCAUCGCUGCCACUCAAGGCCACUCCUUCGUAUCGGAAAAAUGGGAAAAUUUAUGCCUCCAAGCCGCGGAUGACACCAGCGCGGUGUCAACGGAAACCUUUGUAAACAUACGCGUCGUUCGAGCGUUAACGCUGGAGCAGCUCUUCUCGGACAAGCACGAAAAGUCCAUCCGUAAAGCAUUCGAUCUAGGAGUCGAAAAAUCCGUAUGGACGGCCAUCCCGUACGCUUGUUCGCAGUCCAUGGUCUGGUUUAUCUUCGCGCUGACCUUCUGGUACGCUAUGAAGCUGCUCACGACUGAUGGAGGAGUCACGGUUCCUGCUAUCCUCCAGGUGGUAAACCUAUUAGUCCUAGGUGUCACGACCGCUUUCGGCAUACUGAGUUCCAUAACCGGAGUUUCCGCCGCGCAAGCCACCGCCUCUCGCCUGAUACACUAUGCCUACUUACCCCUCGACACCUCCCACGAGUCCAGAGGCAAGAUCCUCCUCGUGAAUCCCUUCCCCAUCAAGAUGGAGGGUCUCUCCUUUACCUACCCGUUGAGGAGGCGUACCGUACUUCGAAACCUCACCCUCCAAUUCGACGCCGGCGUUUCCACAGCCAUCGUCGGGCCUUCCGGCUGCGGUAAGAGCACCAUCGCAUCCGUAAUCCUAGGCCUCUACGAACCCGACAGAUCCGGAGGGAGACGAAAUAGCACGGACGAAAAACGACUAACCUUCGCUUCCACACCAGCCGCGCUGCUCAACCUCGCCGGCCUACGAAGCCAUAUGGGCUACGUUCCGCAAACCCCCGUCCUCUUCCCCGGCACGCUGGCCGAGAAUAUCGCUUACGGCCUAGCGGAAGAUUCGCCGUUGUACACCCCCGAGAAUAUCCAGAGGGCGGCUAAGCAAGCAGGCAUCCAUAACUUCAUCCGCACCUCUGCGGCAGGUUACGACACGGUCGUCGGGGACGGGGGACAGGCUCUCAGCGGCGGCCAAGCGCAGCGAGUCUGCAUCGCGAGGGCUCUGGCGCGCCGGCCCAAGAUUCUCCUAUUAGACGAGCCUACGAGCGCGCUGGAUGCGGUCAGCGCUAGAGACGUGCGACAUACGAUAGAGUCGCUUAUGCAGCCUACGAGAAAGCUUAGCGUCUCCGACGGGAGGCGACAAGAGCUUUCUGUUAUCGUUGUCACUCACAGCAAGGAAAUGAUGCGCCUGGCAGAUCGAAUCGUCGUGAUAGACCAAGGCAGCGCGGUAGAGUCCGGUUCUUACGACGAGCUGCUGGCAAGGAAUGGCAAGUUUGCAGAGCUGUUGAGCGGUGGGCUCUGGCUUGGAGAGAACGUAGAAGAUGAUGAUAAUUCGAAAGCAUCGAAAGCACCGCAAGAAGCGAAGGAGGAUAGGCGGGUGGUCACAAGCGAUCUUCCGCUACGCAACGCGGGCGAGCCAGACUUGAACUACCAUACUACCACGCCGAAGUGGGUUGGCUUGAGAGAUACGCAAUGGACAAAAGAUCGGGGUCCGUCUACGGGGAUUUCCAGCCCUCUCACGAGUCCGUUUGGCGCGUCCCGAAGAAAAGAGCGAAAGGACGGCAGCUGGGGCUAAUUCGCGAGCUUAUCAAUGCCUGUUUUGUAGAUGGAGGAAGCAUAGGUGUUAAUAGUAUUAAUAGUAUUUAUUCCCUAAUCAGUCUCCUUGAAUCUCACUGCCCGUCGAAGAAGCUGCCAGUAAAUAUCCCAUAAGCAAACCUCUGCUAGGUACGCGCGACCGUAUAGUAUCGGACACGUCGUACUUGGACGAGGCGAGCUUCAAGAGCAAGGUAUCUAACAGUCCUAACAGUCCUAACAGUUCUGGCAGUACUUAUUUACGAACCUGCAGAAGGUCAGCGUUUUUAUCUGUAAAGUU